UCCAUUCGCUCCGCUACAUACUCUCAACGUACAUACCUGUCACGACUUGUGCGUCUCGAUGCUGGUCGACAGCAAACGUGCAGGGCGCCUUUGAGACGGACGAAGCAACUACCUAGAGUUGUUCACCUCGACGGCAAUGAGUGAUGCGACCGAGACCAAUUCCAGUCAUGGUGCGGCCGAGCAGCGCAGACCCUCACUCAACAAGCCGCAUCCCUCUGAAUUCCUCGAAUUCGUCACGAUCCCCAACGCGAGUCCGCAUCGCCUACAGCCUUUAAAGGCCGAUGCCGACCAGACCCUCAAUAGGAAUUCCAUUCGGAGUCCUGUCAAUAUCACUCAUUCUGACGAUGACAUAUUCGCUGGUAUCUCUGCGGCCAUACCAACCCUGCGCCAAUUCUCCGUCGACGCCCGUGCGGCCACAAAAGCAGAGCAUCGGAUGACUUUCAUAAACGGAGUGCAACUGUAUCCAAGAGCGCUCGGCUUCUCUGUCUUGCUCAGCAUGACCAUAGUGAUGGAGGGUUUCGAUCUCACCUUGAUCAAUAGCUUUUAUGCUUUCCCAGUCUUCCGUCGCUCUUACGGCGCCGCUGUUCACCCGGGUACCACACAACAGACAGAUUAUCAGAUAUCACCGGCGUGGCAAUCCGGCCUUACCAAUGCUGCUGUCGCCGGCGAAAUCCUGGGACUGCUAUUCAAUGGCUUUCUGACCGACAGGUUCGGCUACCACAAAACAAUGGUGGGCACAUUGAUUUGGAUGUCUCUCUUUGUCUUCCUUGCAUUCUUCGCUGUGAACAUUAGGAUGUUGCUUGCCGCUCAAAUUCUCUGUGGCCUGCCUUGGGGAAUCUUUCAGACACUCUCGACGACAUACGCUGCCGAAGUCAUGCCAGUCGCGCUAAGGGCCUACCUGACCAGCAAUGUCAACCUAUGCUGGCUCAUUGGGCAGAUUCUGGGGGUCUCGGUCAUUCGAGGCCUGGUCCACAACACCUCAGAGUGGUCUUACCGCAUCCCCUUUGGGCUGGAAUGGGCAUUUGCGGUGCCAAUCCUUAUUGGUGUCUUCUUUGCGCCCGAGAGCCCGUGGUGGCUGGUAAGACAUGGGAAGAUUGCCGAGGCGAAGAACUCACUUUUGCGGCUGACCACGAAAAGAGCCGACGCGGACUUCAAUGCAGAUGAAACACUUGCCAUGAUGCAGCACACGAAUGAAGUGGAAAAGUAUCUUAGCGGUGGCGGUGUCUCCUACCUUGACUGCUUCAAGGGGACGGAUCUCCGGCGCACAGAAAUCUGCUGCAUGGUAUGGGUGACCCAGGCCUUGUGUGGAAGCGCCAUGACAGGAUAUGCGGCAUACUUCUACGAACAGGCGGGCUUCAACACGGCAAACAGCUUCACACUGGCAGUCGGAAUGUACGCCGGUGCAAUUUGCGCCGGCAUCCUGUCGUGGGUCGGGAUGCGACGGUUCGGUCGACGAAGCCUGUAUCUCGGAGGUCUGGUUAUCUCACUCAUCAUUCUUACCGCGACCGGGAUCGUGGGCAGUCUACCAGAGACCAACACCACGUCCUGGACGCUAGGUUCAUUACUCAUUGUCCUGACGUUCGUUUACGAUUUCACCGUCGGGCCAGUAUGCUACGUGCUUGUCGCCGAGAUCCCGUCCACGAGACUGCGCGUCAAGACCGUCGUCCUCGCUCGCGUCGCCUACAACAUCGUCAGCCUAGUCACGAAUGUCAUCACGCCUCGGAUGCUGAACCCCGCUGCGUGGGACUGGAAAGGCAAGUCGUGCUUUUUGUUUGCCGGCACGACGCUCGUAUGUUUAGUAUGGUGUUGGUUUCGAUUACCUGAGCCCUUUGGCUUGACGUACAUGGAAUUGGAUAUUCUGUUUGAGAAAAAGGCAAAGGCCCGCAAAUUCAAGGAGUUCCAAGCCAAUCUUGCGCAGACAGGGUAUUUCAGUCUGACAGUCGGCAGGAACGACAGUACUGCGUGGAGGAUGCCGCGAUGAGACUUUCCGUUCCUGCUUGUCACUACGAUCUUCCUGUAGAAGAAAAAGACCCAUCUACUCGGACUUUGCUUUUGACCGCCUUCCUCAACGAAGGCUUUUGCGUGUCGUGUACAUAACAGCGAUCGUCAGGGGCAAAUCGUGAAACA